AUGGCUCUUGCUAGUGAUGUGGCUCCUUUACUCUCCAAAGAAAGGGCCGACGAGCCAGGUGGUUUGUGGGCAACGAAGCAAUACGGCGACCUGAAGGAGGGCGACCGUUUGCGGGCGGCAGACUACGUAACAGGGAGCGUGGAGGUGCGGCAGCUUCGAUCCGUGUACAAGCUUAGCUUCACCGACAUUGCCCGUGUCAAUCGCUUCAAACCUGUUGAAGCACAAGAAAUCGCGAUGGCUGGUGACGAAGAGAGUGACGAGAGUGUGGCUGCGCUCAGGAGGGCGGAAAGAGAGCAGAACGCCAGUGUGAGGCUGUAUGUAUUCCUCACGAAAAAGAAAGCCAAGACAAGAAUGGCGGACUUGGAGGAGACAGCGUUCUUGCUGCGACUAGAAGUCGGGAAGGAGGGGUGCAUCUGCUUUGGUGACACCUUCGGAAACUUUGAGCAGGGUAUGCUCCAGGUUCCCAACCCGACCGGGUACAAGGGCAUCGCGAUCGCAAAGAGAAAGGCGGACGAACCUAAAACGGACGAACCGAUCAUUUACGCGUACGCGAGGAUAGUCCCGAAAAGAAGGCCCGUCGUGGCUUCGGAGGUUGUUCUCGGACUUGCCGAGGACAAAGAUCGAGUCACCAGGUACGCGAAAGCGGCACCUACGGUCAAAACCGACGACGAUCUACUCAAGGGAGUGCGGAAAUACACUCGAACGGCGCGAAAGGCGUGGGAAGCAAUGUCCAUUCCGGAGGAUCAAGGAAUCGACUUCGAAGGUUUCAAACUGGCGUUCGAUGAGCUCAACUUGGUGAUCAUGGAGGGAAGAGCCCUACAGCUCUUCAAGGCCUGCGACUUGAGCGGUACGGGCAUGAUCGGGGUUUCCGAGCUGGAGGUAGCGCUCAUGAUGCACGACGUGGUGCCUACGACUUCGUACUUGACCCCAUUGGACUCGUUCAACGUCUUCGAUCUCGAUGGUGGGGGCGAUAUCUCCUGGGUAGAGUUCAAGGAAGCUGCCGAGGUCAUCGCCGGGGGGAAACUCAACGAGGAGCAGACGAAGGAGCUAUUCGACAAGGUCGACACUGACAAGAGCGGGGUGAUUGAGUACGAGGAGUUCAAGCAGGCCUGGCUAGCUAUGGUCAAUUUGGAGCAGGAGAUCAAGGCAAGGGGUCGCAAACCCGCGUUCGGGCCCAUGUCGUCUACUCGCAACAGGCGGAUACUGGCUCAAGCCGUCGAGGACGAGGACAGAGCCACGACCGAGGUCUUUAAGACUGUUCGCGGAAGAGUCGACAACGUCCGGAGGAGAGCUCGCUUGCUUCGGGACGAGAAGAAGAAGAUGAAGGCCACGAAGGGAGGAAAGAACACGCUCGUAGACGCUAGCGAGGACGCGACGAAGAAGAGGCAGCGGCGGCUAAUGAUGAAGAGGGAGCAGGCAGAGAGAUCACGGCAGCGCCUGGAGCAGAAGGUCAAGCAGAACGAGCUUCACCAGCAGCUCGCGGCGAAGAAAGACAGGGAUACGACCCAGAUCAAGCAGCGGGUGGCCCAGCAAGAGAAGGAGCGGAUCGCCGGAAUAAGAGCUAGAGGAGAUGAUCAGCUUUGGCUCUCGCACCGGAACCUACGGCAGGUCCCGUCCGAGUACUACCAAGACCCGAAAUGGCGGGGGAAGUUGGUCGAUCUAGUGCUGCUGGACCUUCAGGACAAUCGCUUGGCUGAGCUGCCACCAAAUUUCUUGGCGGAAAUGGUGUCUCUGAGAAAGCUCGACAUCAGCAAGAACAGGCUUUCCUUCAUAGCCAACGAGCACCUAGCCAACCUGGAUCAUCUCCAGGUGCUAAUCCUCUCUCGGAACGAGCUUCGGGAGCUACCACCGGCGCUGGGAAAGCUGAGCAAGCUGCAGCACCUUCUUAUUUCCAAGUGA